AUGCAGCAGAACAGUACGGUCAAGCCCGUUCGAUUCUUAACGCGGAAACACGUAUUUCCAACAAACUUGGAAAAAAUGAACGUGAAACGCGCUGUCCAGCUUCUGUCCACACCGGUGUCAGCAGCCCUAAAAUGUCUUCAAGAACAGGCUGGCCAUGCCUGUGACCUCAGCUUUGCGAAUGCUGCUUCCACCAUAAAAUUCAUGGAAAUCAUUCACCGCUGGUUCCUGCUCAUGGACGUGAGUAACUGUACACAGCAUAUCCACCAGAAUCGGCCUGAAUGCAAAGAGUACCGCCAUACCGGUGAUGAGCGCCUUGGCUGGCUAGAAGACGAUUUCCUCAGCUACCUUAACACCAUGAAGAAAGAAAGCACAAAAAAGCAAUUCCUAAGCCAGGAGACUUAUGAAGGCCUCGUAUUCACCACGCUGUCGAACGUCAACUGCGUACGGUACCUUCUGGAGGAAUGUUCCUUUAAGUUUGUGCUCACACGAAAAAUGUCGUCCGACCCAAUCGAGUCUUUCUUCGGGUGGCUCAGGAAAUCUUCUGGAAGCAAUGACCAGACCGAUGCCAGAACUGUUGUCUCAGGGAUAGAAAAGGCUCUCGUGACAGGAAUAAUUUCAGUGUCUGCAAACAGUAACGUCCUGCACGACGACAGCACCAUCUCGGACGUUACGCUCCCUCAUGGAGCACUCCAAGAAAUCGUAUCGAGUCGUUUCCCACAGCAGGCCUGUCAAGCACUCGAACGAAGCCUGUCGAACCCUCAACGACGUCUUGCUACUCCCGACGACGCAGCCUUGUCAAUGGUUGGAGGGUACCUUGCGCGCUGCGUAAAGGAAAAGCUCGACUGCGACCUGUGCUUUGCUAUGCUCGUGAAACCACAGUCUUGUGCUCCAGCUGACAGACUAAUUCACCACCAAGACCGGGGCGGCCUCCUGUACCCGUCCUAUAGCUUAAUGCACAUCCUCUUUGGUCUGAAAGACUUCAUAGAGACAUUCCUCAGCUGUAGGGGUAGGAAGUUAAAAUCACCACUUCAGCAAGCUGUUAACAACGCAGUGGAUGUCCUCACAGGACGCGACGAGCUUAAGUGCCCUGCUUCCGAGCAUCACAGGCGUUUACUAACCAUGCUGUGUACGAAGUUCUUCAGACCAGUCCUAACAAAUUAUGCCAUGACUGUCACGGACAAAUGCGAUCUGGCAAAGAUCUUCUUUGCGAAGCCGAUUUCGAGGAAGGCACUCAAGGUCUAA